GUGAUGUUACCAAAUCAUUACUUAGAAUUCAAGCCAAGCUGGCAUCUGACAUUAACUCAUCGCUUGUCAGAGAGCAUGGGAGCAAUUAUAUUUCUCCUGAUUCUGGCGCUUCUCAAGGACUAUGGUCAUGGAGGGCCACAGGAAGGCAUUACUGUGUGUGUUUCUCUGGGUUUAAUGACUACUGGUGGCACUCAACAAUGCUUGGACAUAGACGAGUGUGUUAAGAUCCCAGAUAUUUGUGGGAAAUGGGGAACCUGUCGUAAUCAGGGUUGUAGCUACCUGUGCACGUGUCCCAAUGGAUUUAGGAACUCUGGCAACGGACAAACUCCGUGUGUAGACAUUGACGAGUGUAAUACAGACGGAGUAUGUGGAAAUGUGAACAUCUGUCAAAACCUGAUUGGCAGUUACUGGUGCCAGUGUCCUGCUGGAUUUACUAACCUUGGCAAAAACCAACCUAAGUGUGUAGAUCUUAAUUGUGACCAGUACGAAACACAGCCUGGACAGACUCUACCAGGCUUUGAUAGUUUAUUGUCUCUGUUGAGAAAAAACUGUUUGGUGUUGAGCAACUCUAUGUUGCCUGGACCGACAAGACUGCUGCCAACUGGAGAUGUGCUUUUGACAUUACUGGUUAAUGCCACUGAUGUUGUUCAACUGGGCCUCCAGUCCAAUGGUCACCGUAGUAGCAGUGAAGUGACUAAGUUACUGAGGACGAUUGAAAUCUCUAUCAGACUGAUCGCUCCACUGCUGACAGAGAACGUGACCAGGAUAGAGACCAACCACACAGAGGUUGAGAUUAUGGUGAGAAGAGACAAGACUCCACCUGAAGGACCAGUCAGCCUGACCAAUGAGAACACUCAACUUGACACCACCUGGGAGACGGUGGUUGGAGAUGACCAGAAUUACCCAGGGUUUGCAUUUGUUUUUCUGCUCAGCCAUAAGAAUCUGGAUAGUCUGAAGGACAGUACUUCUCAUCAGAGCCAGCAGCUCAUGUCCAGUGCUGUGACAGUUUCCGUUAGCAACUCCAACACAACAUACCUGCCCCAACAGGUUAAUCUCACCUUCAAUCACCUGCAGUCCAGUGAUGUUGACCCCACCUGUGUUUAUUGGUCGGAUGAGAAUGGACCGGGGGUGUGGUCUGGGCGGGGUUGUACCUUAGUGACGUCAAACUCCAACCAGACUGUGUGCUCCUGCAACCAUCUCAGCACAUUCGCUCUGCUGAAGGGAAUCCAUCAGGUAAAGGAAAGCGGGCAGCUGUCGUUGGUGAUGUGGGUGGGUGUUUUUGUGGCACUGACCUGUGUGGUCCUGUCCCUGAUCACCACCCUGUGGUGUCGCUUUGUCAGCCGCAAACGCCAUGGAGGACGCCGGCUGCAACGGGAUGUACAACUCCAUAGAAAAUAAGAGAUGGAUUUGAACUAUUUGUGUUCUAAGAAAAGCUUUACUUGGAAUCCAUUUGAAAAUAUUGUCUCUUGGCUUGCAAGGACAUCCAAUUACCAGAAUUUGUAUUUAUUUAAGUAGUUUAAAAAUGUACCAAACAAACAAAAACAAAAACACAACUUUUUAUUAAUAGAUAUACAAUAUCUCAUGUGUAGAACUCUUAUCAGUUCUGGAGUGUAACAGAUGAGCUCUCAUCUCUAUGGCAACAUACAUAAGUCAAUUCAGUCUCAUAAACAUGGUUUGUAAUUUGUAGAGAUGAGAAUAGUGGUAUAUCCACUCAAUGCUGCAUUAGUCCAGUAUUAUGCCACUUGGUUGUUGUUGUACCUGAGUAAUUUUAAGUGAAAGUAGAUUUUUCUUGUUUAUUAUACAGUACUUGAGAAGGUAUUUUAAUCCAAAAAUCAUCUCGCUAUUAUUUCCUCCAUUCUGAUAUAAAUAUCUAAAUAUGAGUUGUCCGUUUCUUCAAAAAUAAAGCACAACAUCAUACUGAAAGUACAA